AACUGAUAAAACGUUACAAAAACAACACUGACGUGAUCCGUUAUCAAGAUAAUUGUGAACUAUUACUUGAAGCACAGGAAGUUUUCGCUUAAUUCAGUUUCGUUCAAGCUUGAGUUCUGUGAUAAACACUCUGUGAACAAAGAAUUCUAAGAAAACGUUAUAAAUUAUAUUAAAUUAUUACAUUUCAAUUUAUUAUGUCUUCGAUUAAACGAAAAAGUGAUGAUACAACGAAGAAUUUAGAUGAAAUAAACUCUCAAAGUGGACAUUCUUGUAAAUUAACCACUUCCGGUGGUAGUUUCAAUGAGAACAAUAAGAAAUGGAUGCAUAAAAGACAAUUACCUCACAGAAUUUUCGUCAAUCGAAGUUUACAUUUAGAAAACAUCAAGUUUUAUGGAUUCGACAUGGAUUAUACUUUGGCAGAAUAUAUUUCGCCGGAAUAUGAAAGAUUGGGAUUUAAUUUGGUGAAAGAACGAAUGGUUGAUAUUGGGUAUCCACAAGAGAUUCUUGAAUUCGAAUAUGAUCCAGCUUUUACAGUGAGAGGUUUGUGGUUCGACGCCUUAUAUGGAAACUUGCUCAAAGUAGACGCCUACGGUAAUAUUUUAGUAUGCGUUCACGGUUUUGAAUUUUUAAAACAUUCUCAAGUGUACGAACUUUAUCCAAAUAAAUUCUUAAAACUGGAUGAAUCUCGUGUUUACGUCCUGAACACUCUCUUCAAUCUUCCCGAAACCUAUCUUUUAGCUUGUUUAGUUGACUUUUUUUGUAACUCUCCUCAAUAUACCACCAGCCAAACGGGAGUGAAAUGCGGGGAACUUUUUAUGUCUUUCAAAUCGAUAUUUCAGGAUGUAAGAAACGCUGUUGAUUGGAUCCAUUUGCAAGGUGAUUUAAAAUUAAAAACCACUCAAAACCUGCAACAAUAUGUAAAAAAAGACGAACGGCUCCCGAUGUUUUUGCAACGAUUAAGAGAGAGCGGCGCAAAAACCUUUUUGCUCACAAAUAGCGAGUACAGUUUUACAAAUAAGAUAAUGACGUAUCUUUUCGACUUUCCACACGGCGCCAAACCGGAAGAACCGCAUCGUGAUUGGAAAACUUAUUUUGAUACGAUCGUUGUUGAUGCAAAAAAACCUUUAUUUUUUGGGGAAGGUACAAUUUUACGACAAGUUAACACCACAACGGGUACUUUAAAAGUUGGAAUACACACUGGACCCUUACAACGUGAACAAGUUUAUUCAGGAGGUUCUUGUGACGUUUUUACCGGAUUAAUCGGAGCUAAAGGUAAAGACGUUUUGUACGUUGGUGAUCAUAUUUUCGGGGAUAUUUUAAAAAGUAAAAAAAUUAGCGGUUGGAGAACAUUUUUAAUUAUCCCCGAAUUAGUUCGAGAACUGCACGUUUGGACCGAUAAAUGUCAAUUAUUCGAUGAAUUGCAGUCGUUAGAUGUUAAAUUAGGCGAAAUGUAUAAAAAUUUGGAUAGUAGCACACGAGAAAAACCAGACAUUUCUCAAUUACGAGCUGCAAUUCGUGAUGUAACCCACAAAAUGGAUAUGUCUUAUGGUAUGAUGGGGAGUUUAUUCCGAUCUGGAUCGCGUCAAACGUUUUUCUCAUCUCAAGUGGUUAGAUACGCCGAUUUAUACGCAGCAACUCAUUUAAAUCUUCUUUACUAUCCGUUUUCGUACAUGUUUAGAGCACCAGCAAUGUUACUGCCUCACGAAUCAACAGUUGCUCAUGAACAACGUUUUAUAAUCGAACCAGUUCGUUUAAAUUCGAUCGAUGAUAUGGAUAAUCAAUCGAUAAAUUCUAAUAGGCUGUUAAAAUCUUUAGAACGUUCUCAAAGUUUGAUACCACACAUCCGUCCAGAAACGCCCCGUUCAGUUACGCACAAUCACGACGAAGAUUUUUCUGAAGACGAUAGUGACGAAAAAUGCAAUCUAACACAAAAUGGUGAGCCCAAGGAAGUGAUUACCAUCGAUUAAAAAAUAGAUAAUGGUGUCAAUAAAAAAUACCUUAGAAAAGAAUCGCAAUUUUUUUUAAAGGUGAUUUAAAAAAACAGGAAUGAAUGUAAACGAGUUUUGCAGUGCCAUAAGCGUUAAGGUUUUAAUUUAUUUGUUGCGAUACACAGAGAGUAAUAUAUACCAACUACACUUUUUUAAUAUAAUUAGAUUGUUUUUUGUAUAUUGUGUAUUUUUUAAUCGCAUUUUUUGAGACAGGGUAGACAUUUAACAAAUAAGAAGUAAAUGACUUAGAUUAUAAUGUUUAUUGAUUAAUAAAAUUUAUUUCAACAGUUUAAAAUAAA